UCAGGCAAAAAUAUACUUACGAGAUUCGAGCACUACAUCCCAGUGCUCGAGGAAUACCGGGAGAGGAUGGCCCGAAGAAGGUUCAUGGUAAAAGGCCAAGGCAAAAAGCGACAAAGGAAGAAGGCAAGCAUGAGAUAUGUCAUGCCAUUACUGGACGAAGACAUGGAAGGCCACUCGCGACUCAUGAGCCAACUGUCCAGAAAGGCCAGAGGCCGCGGACAAUGCUACACCUACUUCGUCCCGGACAAGAACUGCACUCUGGUCCUGACCCACCAAAUGGAGAGGGCUAUAAGAGACAAAGACAUCCUGGACGUCCUGAUGGCACAACGAACGGAGAAGGUGGUAUUCGUGAUGAAGGAUUACUCCAAGGUGUCCAUGCCCUUAGUGUCCUACGACGGAAACGCCCCGUUCUACAGUGGAGAGGGUUGGACAAGGAAAGACGUAGAAGAGAAGCACCAUCAUGGUAGAGAGACGAUGAACGUCGCGCGACUGUUCGAAGCUAAGGAACAAGGUCUGGACGAAUGGGAACUGGAAAUGAUGAGGAUGGCAUCCAAGAGGAAGAAGAAGGGUCGUGGUGAAGGCACCCAGGACUGGAAGGCGAUGAUGGCCAAACAAGCCGAGAGCAUUGAUUGGGACCAGUUCGAAGAGGAUGCCAAACAGAUGGUCGAGGAACAACACGAGCCCGUCGACGACGAGCCCAUACCCAUGGAAGUGGACAGUAUGGACAAAACGAUGAACGUGUGCGAGAAGAUACUGGCAGCAGGAAAAGAGGUGAUGGAUAUGCUGCCGACAAUGCCGGAAAUUCCAGAGAUAAUCAGCUCGAUGAAGGACGAGGGCGAGCUGACGGAAAUAGCGAACGUGUCAGGGUUGAAGCUGAACGUGAAAUCGACAAAAAAAGACCGGUUCGUGCCCGGUCAAAUGGUCAAAUCGGACGACGGCGACCUGUUCGUCCCCGGUCAAACGGUAGUGAACGAAAAUGGCAACAACGAAUACACUCCCGGUUUCACGGUGAUGCUCGACGGCGAGCCCACCCUCAUUCCCGGCCUGGUCAUGGGCAACGAUCCAAAUAAGGCGGUCUUCCUGCCGGGCGAAUCGACGAUCACCGAGUCGGGGGAGCUGCAGUUCACAGAAACCGAGGACGACAUCCGGCUGAACCAACAGCCGGCCGAGGUCGAGGAGGUUGAGCUUGAGGAAGAGGAGGAGGAGGAGGAGAAACCUGCCCCGCCUCCGCCGCGAAAACCGCAGCAGUUCACUUACGAGCGACCGAAGCGACAGUUCAGCGAGAGUAUGGGUGUGAAACGGCGCGAACGCGGCCCCAAAAAACCCCCGGUCCUUCCGCCGGAACCGGAACCCUUGCCACCGCCGUUGCACAUCGAACCGGUGCUGCAUGACCUCAGCGUGCCUCUCCUCGAGAAGGACCUCCUCGAACAGCAAAAGGACCGCGUGGAGAACUUCAAGGAGAAAAAGGGUAAGGAGGAGGCGCAGGUCGACAACCAACGCCGACAAAUCAAAAUCAAGAUCAAGCAGAUGCGGGACUCGCUACCUCCGAAACCCAAGUACCUACCUUUGGAGCCGGUGAAGAAGAGCGAGAAGCUCCGGGAGAUGGAGAAGAACAUAAAGAAAGGAAAGUUCUUCGACGUGGACUACAAGAAAUACUUGAACAAAGACCGGCCGGCGUUGGAAAACUUCUUCAAGUUGGAUCCCCCCGAGUACGGGAACAUCUUCGACACGGUGGGGAUUUGGCGACAUCGGCUGUGGAGGUCGGUCGUCUAGCCCGCGGACCGCGUGGGCAAUGUACCAAUUAGGCCAGCACAUCGGCUAUUUUGAUAUCGGGUAUCGGUCAUGCAUCGAGCUACCUCAUUUAUCAACACUACAUCCGCUGGCAUCUGGUUCAUUACCGCCGCUGGUGUUGGGACCGAUACCGCGUGCCAUCGCCGACGUGGGCCUAUUUUAGUAUUCUCGUAGUCACACUUAGAUUUUUUAUUAAUACCUUAUGGACAUCGCGUCAUCACUAUUCAAUAUAUAAAACUUUCGAGCAUAAAUUUCGGACAAUCAUCAACAGGAUCGACUUGAAGCGGCUGCAAGAUGCCCAUCAACGUGAAAAUCUCCCUCUGCAAAAUCACCAGGGCCAGCAAACUGUUCCAACGCAACUAUUAUCUGCCCUUGUUGAAACCGCUCUCUCCAAAAGAUGCUCUGCGUAGGAAGAUCAUCACUGGCCAGAACGUGCUCGGAAACCGAUUUGAACACUACAUCCCUGUACUUACGCCGCACAAAGAGAAGAUCUCUGAAAAGAGAACACGCGGGAAAGGAGUCCCAGUCAUCAAAAAACGAGUCCGAAGACACGAAGACGAAAAAUACGUGGAGCCGUUCUUGGACGACAACAUGGAGAACCACGGCUACCUGCAGAGCCUGCUCUCCAGGAAGCCUAAGGGUAAAGGCCAACACUACAUCUACGAGGUUCCGGACAAAAGGUGCACCUUGGUGAUCAGUUCUCAGAUGGAAGCCGCACUUAAGGACAAGAGCAUCGUCGACAUCACCAUGGCGCAACGCAGCGAAAAAAUAGUGGUGAAGAUGUCGAACGGGAUGAAGGUUACCAUACCUGUGGCACCGUUCAACGAUAAUGUACCACUAUACAGAGGUAGCGGUUGGACGAAAGAGUUCGUGGAGCAAGAACAUCAUCACGGCAAGGAGACCAUGUCCAUAGCGAAACUUUUCGAGGCCAAAGAGUCCGGCGUUGAAGAUUGGGAAUUGGAAAUGAUGAGAAUGGCCAAUAAACGGAAUAAGAAGAAAAAGGGUGAAGGGUCCGCGGACUGGAAGCUGAUGCUCAGCACAUGUGUCGAGAAUAUGGACUGGGAUAAGUUUGAAGAGGACACCAAGCAGAUUGUCGAUGAGAAGGAGGAAACGGUGGAUGAAGAAGACAUCCCGAUGGCGGUGAACGACAUGGAGAAGACCACCAACGUCGCCGAAAAGCUCAAGCAAGGGGGUCAGGAAGUCCUGGAUCAGCUUCCAACCAUGAAGGAGAUUCCAGAGGUCAUCAAGCAUUUGGAAAGCGGAGAAAUGUGCGAACUGAUGAAAGUGUCCGGUGUCAGGUUGACGUUGCCCAGCAGCGGAAAAGAACGGUUCAUUACUGGACAAAUGGUGAAGACUGAUGAUAAUGAGGUGUUCGUACCUGGGCAGACUAUCCUUGAUGAUGACGGCACAGCAAACUACACGCCGGGUGUCACGAUCCUCAUGGACGGCGAGCCGACGCUGAUCCCCGGUCUGGUGAUGGGCGAGGAUGAUUCCGCGGCCAUGUUCCUCCCGGGCGACUCGCAAAUCACCGAGGAUGGCCAACUCAAAUUCGAAGCCACGGAGGAGGACCUGCCGCCCUCCCGUAGACGUCGCCCGCCAUCCGACAGCCCCUCUCCGCCUCCGCAGGCGCCGCCAAAACCGAGACCGAAAUACGACGAGGAGAUCGUCAUCAAACGGCGCGUGUACGACGAGCCGCAACCCGAAGUGAAGGAGCGCGUGAAAAAGCGGCCGCCGAUCGAGAUAAAACGGGAACCGACGCCGCCGCACAGGGAGUUCCCGGAGUGGGUGCCGUUGGAAGAUCCGCUCAAGUUGCUGGAGGAACAACGCAUGCUUAGGGACGAGGAGGAACGCAAGAGGAUGAAGGAGAGACAGAAGGAAGCCAUGCUUAAGGAGGAGACCAAGGUAGACAAGUUGCGAUUUGAGAUGCGGAAGAAAAUGAAAGAGUUAAAGAUCGAGAAGCCCAAGGAGUACGUCCCGUUUGAGCCGGUGAAGAAAAGCAAGGUGCUUGAGGAAUUGGAGAAGAGCAUCAAGAAGGGCACAUUCUUCGACGAUGACAAGACCAACGAAAUAUUGGAAAAGGCGAAGAAUCAAACUAGACUGUUGAAGUACCAGCAUGUGUUGAGCGCGUAUGGGAGUGAGUUUGGUGUGAAGAGGUGGUAGGAGUCAGGAGUACUGUAUUAGAAUCAUUGCCGUGUUCCUAAAUGAUAUAUUAAAAAAAGUAACAAGAUUCAUAUACUUAUAAGAAUCACUAUAUGCGCUGUCUUUUUGCUGUUCUUUUAUGGAUCGUUUCUGGAGCAUCUCUACCAAGAGUCCAACAGUAGUCUGCAAACAUGGAAGGAUUCCACUUUCCCUGGUACCUUUUUUCCAUUGUUGAAAUAUCCUGAUGAAAACGUUCGCCGUGCUCAUCACUUACGGCUCCGCAAUUGUCAGGAAAAAAGUCCAGGUGUGAGUGUAGGAAAUGUAUCUUAAGAGACAUAUUACAGCCCAUCUUUUGAUACGAUGACAGCAUAUUUUUGACAACGGCUUUAUAGUUGUCAGCUUUUCUAUUUCCCAAGAAAUUAGUGACCACCAGACGGAAAUCAUUCCAAGCAGUUUUUUCAAUACCUGUUAUAGUGUUUUCAAACUGUGUAUCUUUCAAAAUAUUUCGAAUCUGUGGCCCAACAAAAAUACCUUCUUUAACCUUUGCCUCACUUAGUUUUGGAAAUUUCUGACGCAGGUAUUUAAAAGCUGACCCAUCUCUAUCUAAUGCCUUGACAAAGUUUUUCAUUAGGCCCAACUUGAUAUGCAGUGGUGGUAAUAAAUUUUUUUUCGAAUCUACUAAUGGCAUAUGCUGU